AUGUCCUAUUUCCACACAAGCGUCAAGUUUAGACAAUGGAGGCACAGGCGUAACUUGGAGUCUCGGUUAUAUAAGAAACACAAACAGCUAGAAAAGGAUCGAGUCAGAUUUCUGGAAAGCCUUCCACCGACAGCCAGUAACGAUGCUUUGUGUGAAAUGUCAACAACGGAAUUGCGAAGAGAGCUCCAAGCAGGACGUGUGACGUCGCUAGAAGUUUUACAAGCCUUCCAGAGACGUGCUGCUAAACUUUUACCACGGAAUUGUAUUGCAGAGGUGUUUCUGGAUGCGCAGAAGGUAGCCUCUGGGUGUACUGCAAUCAACCCGGCUUUGCCACUCUGCGGGAUUCCAGUGUCUUUGAAAGAACAAAUUCAAAUAAUUGGCUAUGACUGUCCUCUCGGCUUGGUUAAAAAAGUCCUCUAUCCAGCGACGGUCGACGCAGUCGUUGUCAAGAUGCUGAAGAUUGGACAAGCCAUUCCAUUUAUUUCAUCCUCGAUGUCACCAGCUGGUCUGUCAUUGAAUUCCUCCAACGAAAUAUACGGCAAGCAGAGACAUCUUUUGGAUGACGCCCGUCUGAGUGGAGGUAGUUCAGGAGGGGAAGCCAUGUUGAUAGCCGCAGGAGCCUCGCCGCUCGGAUUCGCAACGGACCUCGGUGGAAGCAGUCGAAUUCCGUCGUCCUUUUGUGGUAUUUGCUGUCUCAAACCAACCUCUCGACGUGUCAGCCUCUACGGUGUGUUUACACGAUACAAACGGGCAGUUCUGCAUAUCGACUCAACGGUCUCUUUACUGUCGCGGAAAGUCGAUUCGCUUGUGGAUGGAAUGCGCUGUUUGUGCCAGCCGUUGCAAAAUGAACUCGACCCCUACACGGUGCCUAUACCGUUCGAUGAGGCCAAGUUCGCCGACAACACGAGGCUUGUUAUUGGGUAUUACGUUGAACUCAGUGAAUCUGGCAUCCCGGCCCCUGUACCAGCAGUUCAACGGGCUCUGGCGGAGGUGAGGUAUCUCUUAGAGAAGGCGGGUCACACCCUUGUCCCCUUCCAACCGCCAAAUCCCAGGUAUGGAGAGGAGUUGUUCACGGCAUGUGUCUACGCAGAUGGCGGUUAUCAGUACUGUGGCGCACUGCAUGACGAGCCUAUCAACGAGCACCUUCAAACAAUCACUUCCUUUCUAAAAAUUCCAGCAUUCUUGCGUCGCUUUCUAUCAUUAUUAAUCAGGAGCACGUCUCACAACUUUGCCCAGUACGCAAUAAACACGUGCGGCAGACAGCGUGGCGCAGACAUGCUGCGUCUCAACUGCGACGUCGCGAGUUACGUAAAGAAGGUCGCGCAGGCAAUGGUGACUGCUCAACCGCGACCCAUCGAUCUAAUCCUCUGUCCCGCCACGGCAUUUCCAGCUCCCAGCGACAGCGUCUCGAGCAUUUUGUUGGAGUCCUGCCAGUCCUACUGUGGUCUGUGGAAUUUAACCGACUUCCCUGCUGGAGUCGUGCCUGUCAGUCACGUGACAGAGUCCGACGAGGCGGAAGAGCUGCGAACUACUAGUGGCAGUUACGUCUCGCGAAAACUCCAUGAGAUGCAAAAAGCCACGAUGGGACUUCCGCUGGCCGUUCAACUCGUAGGUCGCCCAAUGCACGAGGAGACGGUUUUGCGAGUUAUGAAGGAGAUUGAGAGAGGAGUGGAGUUGCGAAGAAACGGAGGAAAUGGAUCUCGAUUGGCCUAA